AUGGCGGCAGCACAUUCCACUGUGGCUCUGAUUGAAGGGGAGUGUGAUGCUGCUGACCCGUGGGAUUUACCAGAUAUGAAGGACACUGGGGUGCCAUGGUCAGUUCUCGACACCACAGGGAAAGUACUGAGAGUGUUGGUGGCAGUGGGGAAGGUGAUCCUGCUGCUGGGUUUCCUCUACACGUUCAUCUGCUCCCUUGACAUUCUCAGCUCGGCCUUCCAGCUUGUUGGAGGUAAAGCAGCCGGCGACAUCUUUCAAGAGAACUCUGUGCUGUCCAACCCUCUGGCUGGUCUGGUUAUUGGAGUUCUUGUCACCCUUUUGGUCCAGAGCUCCUCCACGUCCUCCUCCAUAGUUGUCAGCAUGGUGUCCUCUGGAUUGCUCACGGUGCAGCUGGCUGUUCCCAUCAUCAUGGGCACCAACAUUGGAACCUCUGUCACCAACACACUAGUAGCCAUGACACAAGCCGGGGACCGCCGUACCUUUCGCAGGGCUUUUGCAGGGGCCACAGUGCACGACUUCUUCAACUGGCUAUCUGUGCUGGUGCUGCUGCCACUAGAGGUAGCUACAGGUUACUUGUACUUGGUCACCAAGCUCAUCAUCGACUCCUUCAGCAUCAAGAGUGGAGAAGCCCCAGACCUGCUAAAUGUCAUCACUGAUCUCCUCACUGAGUCCAUAAUACAGCUGGAUGAAUCUGUCAUUAGUGGGAUUGCCACUGGAGAUGUCGAAGCCAGGAAUAAGAGUCUCAUCAAGAAAUGGUGCCAAACCUUCACUAACACAGUAAGACCAAAACUGGUCAGCUACAUACAAAAUCUUGAACUAAAUACAAAAACAUGUGAGCACCUCUUUGUGGAUGUAACUCUGCCUGACCUAGCAGUGGGUCUGAUCCUGCUGGCUGUCUCUCUUUUGGUGCUCUGCUCCUGUCUGGUCCUCAUCGUCAAGCUGCUCAACUCCAUGCUGAGGGGACAGGUGGCUGUGGUCAUCAAGAAGAUCCUUAAUACUGACUUCCCUUUUCCAUUUGGUUGGGUGACUGGUUACAUUGCCAUUGUAGUUGGAGCUGGAAUGACCUUCAUUGUCCAAAGCAGUUCAGUGUUCACCUCUGCUAUCACUCCACUUGUUGGCAUUGGUGUGAUCAGCAUAGAGAGAGCAUAUCCAUUGUCACUUGGCGCAAAUAUUGGCACAACCACCACUGCCUUGGUGGCAGCUAUGGCAAGUCCUGGAGACACACUGGCUAACGCUCUACAGAUUGCACUGGUGCACUUCCUGUUCAACAUCUCAGGCAUCAUUCUGUGGUAUCCAGUCCCUUUCACCCGCAUCCCCAUCCGACUGGCUAAAAGUCUGGGCAACAUCACUGCCUCAUACCGCUGGUUUGCUGCUGUCUACAUCAUCUGCUGCUUCUUCAUCUUCCCUUUCAUCAUCUUCAGCCUGUCACUGGCUGGCUGGCAGGUACUGCUCAGUGUGGGCAUUCCUUUGCUCAUCAUGUUGUUCAUCAUUGUGGCAAUCAACAUAUUGCAGAGGCAGCAACCCAGAUGUCUGCCUACGAUUCUUCGCUCAUGGGACUUCCUCCCUCUUUGGGCCCACUCUCUGGCACCAUGGGACAGCGUGGUUGCUCUGAUUACUGCUAAAUCCUGUUGCUGCUGUAAAUGCUGCCUGGUUGCUGCUGAUGAACAAGACCAUAAAGACAAAGAACCUAUGGGAACGAAGAAAGACCUCAUGGUGGAGAUGUAUGAUAACCCUGCAAUGAGUGCAGAGAGAGAGGUGUACAGUGAGAAAAAGAUGGAGUCCAGCAUUUUGAAAUCAACCCAGCUUUGAGAUUUACAGAGGUUGCACACCAGUUGCAGUUUCAUGAGGCAAACAGUUUGUGUAAACACGUUAGCAAACACAUGCAGAUGGCAUGAUG